CUCUCGUUCCCUUUACACCCCUAAAAACUAUCAUUUUGCUUUGGGAUGGACAUCUGACUCCAUUCAUUUCCCCUUAAAAAGAGAGAAACGGACAGAAACGUUUACGGAAGUGUCCAUUGUCUUCCCUGCCCUCUGAUUCAGGUGUUUCCCUGAGCAUCCUAUGACCACCGCUUGGGCAGCCCUUGGACCUGCCGUGCGAUGCCCAACCCGGCUGCCCACCUGCCCUUUUACUAUGGCAGCAUCUCCCGCUCGGACGCCGAAGAGCAUCUCAAGCUGGGUGGAAUGAUGGACGGCCUUUUCCUAUUGCGGCAGUGCCUUCGCAACCUGGGCGGCUACGUGCUGUCGGUCACCCACAACCUCCGGUUCCACCACUACCCCAUCGAGCGGCUGAUGAACGGCACCUUUGCCAUCGCGGGCGGCAAGGCGCAUUGCGGCCCCGAGGAGCUCUGCGAGUUCUACUCCAAGGACGCUGAUGGGCUCUGCUGCCCGCUCAAGAGGCCAUGCAACCGUCCCGGUGGCCUCGAACCCCAGCCGGGCAUCUUCGACUCCAUCCGAGAGAACAUGGUGCGGGAAUAUAUCCGGCAGACGUGGCAGCUGGAGGGGGACACCCUCAAACAGGCCAUCAUCAGCCAGGCCCCCCAGGUGGAGAAGCUCCUGGCCACCACAGCCCACGAGAAGAUGCCCUGGUACCACGGCUCCAUCACUCGAGCGCAAGCGGAAAGCAGACUCUACUCAGGCUCACAGCCUGAUGGGAAAUUCUUGCUGAGAGAGAAAAAGGAGAAAGGCUCUUACGCUCUGUCCCUCGUCUACGGAAAGACGGUUUAUCACUACCGGAUCGGACAGGACAAAGCAGGGAAAUAUUCGGUGGAAGACGGAACCAAGUUUGAUACGCUGUGGCAGCUCGUGGAAUAUCUCAAACUGAAACCGGAUGGCCUGAUCUAUUAUUUGAGGGAAAGCACACCGAAUCCCGAUAUGCCAACAGGCACCCAUGUGAUGGGCAAUGCUUAG